GUUACUAUAUAAAAUGACCGAUUGGACUUAGAUCAAUCAGUUCAUCAUUUGAUUCUAGUGGACAUACGCGCUUCUCAAGUCAUACUUCCAAACAACAACCAACCAACAACGAACAUAAUCAAAAUGCAAUUCCAAGUAUCUUUCGCUCUGCUCGCCGUCGCCAUGUGCUUCGUCUCUGCCUACGCCGCCGAACAGUCUACAAAACAGUCAUCUCAAUCAGCCGCCCCUGCCGCCGCCGGAGACCGCAACAAGCGUGGCCUGUUCGCUUCGCCUUACCUGGCCGCCCCGUACGCCGCAUCACCAUACGUAGCCGCCUCACCGUACGUGGCCUCGCCGUACGUUGCUUCGCCGUACGCAGCAUCACCGUACGUGGCUUCGCCCUAUGUCGCUUCCCCAUACGCCGCCGCGCCGUACGUCGCUUCUCAUCACCCGUACGGCGCCGUGUCGUCUUACGCUACUUACCCGUACGUUUCCAAGACUUUCGCUUCACCGUACGCUUAUUACCCGUGAGCUACACCUGCAGCACCAUCAUGCACGAGCAUUAAACCAAUACCAGAGUUACCACGACAAGAAAUAACGUGUAUAUAAUAUAAUAUACAGCUGUGCAUCAACGAUCCCUUUAUUAUAUUAUACGACACCUAACACUGCUGAAAUAUCCUUGAUUUUAUAUAUUUAUUAGUUAUAUUGUGAAUUUUCGUUAAAUUAUGACGAAUAUAAUAAAAAUAUUAUUAUUA